UGAAGCACCGGCUCGAGAGGAGGGGGGGAGAGUGGCUCCCCGGCCCGGGCAGCACCAUGAGUGAACAGAGUAUCUGCCAAGCACGAGCUGCAGUUAUGGUCUACGAUGAUACCAAUAAGAAAUGGGUACCAGCUGGUGGAUCAACUGGAUUCAGUAGAGUUCAUAUAUAUCAUCACACAGGAAACAAUACAUUUAGAGUAGUGGGCAGGAAGAUUCAAGAUCAUCAGGUGGUAAUAAAUUGUGCCAUUCCAAAAGGAUUGAAGUACAAUCAAGCUACACAGACCUUCCACCAGUGGCGUGAUGCUAGACAGGUGUAUGGUCUUAACUUUGGCAGUAAAGAAGAUGCCAAUGUCUUCGCAAGUGCCAUGAUGCAUGCCUUAGAAGUGUUGAAUUCACAGGAAACUGGUCCAACAUUGCCUCGACAGAAUUCACAGCUCCCCCCCCAAGUGCAAAAUGGCCCAUCACAUGAAGAGUUGGAAAUCCAGAGAAGACAGUUGCAAGAGCAGCAACGGCAGAAGGAGCUUGAACGGGAGAGACUGGAUCGUGAGAGAAUGGAACGGGAGAGGCUGGAGAGAGAGAGACUAGAAAGGGAAAGACUUGAGAGAGAGCGACUAGAACAGGAGCAGUUGGAGAGAGAGCGGCAAGAAAGGGAACGGCAGGAACGCCUAGAAAGGGAGAGACAAGAAAGGGAGAGGCAAGAUCGAGAGAGACUUGAACGGGAAAGACAAGAAAGAGAACGUCAGGAACAAUUAGAAAGCGAACAACUGGAGUGGGAGAGAGAGAGAAGAAUUUCAAAUGCUGCUUCAUCUUUCGACAACUCCCUGUAUAGCACACCACUUCCUGAAUACUCCAGUUGCCAGCCUCCUUCUGCACCUCCUCCAUCAUAUGCAAAAGCAAUAUCAGCACCAGGGUCAGAUUCCACUCCGGAUUACGCUGUAGUGACUACUGCACCACCGACUUCCACUCCCCCUACACCGCCACUAAGGCAUUCCGCAUCACGUUUUGCUACAUCUUUAGGCUCUGCCUUCCACCCUGUUCUUCCCCAUUAUGCUACAGUUCCUCGUCCUCUGAACAAAAAUUCUCGACCACCUUCUCCUGUGAAUGCCCCAACUUCUUUGCCUCCAAAUACAAAGUCCAUUAUCUGGUCUGCUCCCAGUUUUGCACCACUUCCCCCAUCUCCUCCAGUAAUGAUCAGCAGCCCACCAGGCAAAGCUACUGGUCCAAGACCUGUCCUGCCAAUUUCUGCUUCUAGUUCUGUGUCCCAAAUGCCCCAGUCUCCUCCUCCUCCCAAUGGGCUUCCUGAGUCUGUAACUUACCCAGUUCCUUCACCUUCUACCUCAGAUUCAACGCCGCCGCCGCCUCCUCCACCACCACUGCCUUCCUUUCCACCUAUCUCACUCUCUGGACCUCAAACUUCGCCUUCUCCUAGCUCCCCUAAUGCCUCAACUCCCUCAUCCAAGCCUAGUGUUCUCCCUUCUCCCUCUGCAGCUACCCCUGCCUCUGUUGAGAACUCUCUAAACUCUGUGCUGGGAGACUCCUCUGCUUCUGAGCCAGUCUUGCAGGCAGCCUCUCAGCUGAUUGAACCUCCGACCCAGCAGGGUGUCAUCCAAGGACCACCUGCACCUCCACCCCCACCUCCACUACCACCUGGCCCAGCUCAGUCUUCAGCAGCAAUCCCACCUCCCCCAGGUCCACCACCACCACCUCCACUUCCACCCUCAGGGCCACCGCCACCGCCUCCUCUUCCUAGCCAAGUUCCUCCUCCUGUUCCUCCUCCACCUCCUGCCCCUCCUCUCCCUACCUCUGGAUUUUCUAUGGGAUCUAUGUCUGAAGACAGUCGCCCUUUAACUGGACUAGCAGCUGCACUCGCUGGAGCCAAACUUAGGAAAGUGUCACGGAGUGAAGAGUUCUCUAGUUCAAGUGGAGGAGCUUCAUCUAAAACAGACAGUGUUCGUGGAAAUGGACCACUUCCCUUGGGAGGCAGUGGAUUAAUGGAAGAAAUGAGCGCCCUGCUGGCCAGGAGGAGAAGAAUUGCUGAAAAGGGAUCAACAGAACCAGAGCAGAAAGAGGAUAAAACUGAAGAAUCAGAGCCUUCAACUUCUAAGCCUUCUUCAACAAGCACACCUGAACUAACAAGGAAACCUUGGGAAAGAACAAAUACAGUGAAUGGAAGCAAGUCACCUGUUAUCUCCAGACGGGAGUCUCCAUGGAAAAAUCUGAUUGUUUCUGAAAACAGGUCCUAUGAUUCAUUAAACAGACCAAAAUCUAUACCAUCUGGGCAAACCAGUGCCAAUGGAGUGCAGUCAGAAGGGCUAGACUAUGACAGAUUGAAGCAGGAUAUUUUAGAUGAAAUGAGAAAGGAAUUAACAAAAUUAAAGGAAGAACUCAUUGAUGCAAUCAGGCAAGAACUGAGCAAAUCAAAUACUGCAUAG